GGUUGAAAAAUGAGUAGUUAGAAUCCAUGUCAUACUGCAAAUCGAUACUGCAAAGGAAGGAAACACCCGGUGAGAGAAAAGUUUUGAGGUUUGCUUCUAUUCUCUCUCUUUUAUGAUAUCAAGAAAACAAGGUGGAUCAACCGCAUCGCGUGUUUCAUCAACAAACACAUGUUUUUCUCAACUUCAAUCUCGUCCAAUCAUUUUUUUGCUUGCAUAAAAAAAUCCACGUGAGGAAUAGAAAUAAAAAAAUACCAAGUGCACAAAAGGAAGAAGAGAAAGGUACAAUAUUGGAAGCUGGAGUUCAAUAAAUAGAAGGAAUGGAAUAAAUAGUAAAUAAUAGUGAAGGAAAAAAAGGCAGUUGACGGUUGUAAACAAGAAGAAGCAGAAGAAGAAGAGGAGAAAGAAGACACACGGAUCGCGCUAGUGUGCUCUCACUUUCGAAUUCGAAGGAUAAACGAGACGCGGCCGUUUAUUCCUCGACGGUGAUUUAAAUAUGUCGAGUACAAAGCGCCACAGCCCGAAGUCGAGGCUCGAGUCGAGGAGAUCCAAGUGGCACUGGAGCUCCUGCCAUCGAGUUCGAUCAAGAGGAUCGAUUUCAAAUGCACGACCAACCGGCGCCGGAAACAUUCGACCGUUCCUCCAUUCAUAUGCAUCUCGUUAACCCUCGACUGUACAUUGAACAAAAAAUCCAAUUGCAUCCUAUCGACCAUUUUUUGUCGACCUUUUGAAUCUUAAACGUGUAGCAGUUAACGAAUUUCAGACUGCAUCGAAUUAAAAAUAAAAUAAUCAUAGUAGCAGUAGUUGUAGAUUUGUAUAACAAGGGAUUAUUCGUGGAGAAGUGAAAUUAAAAUUAAGUGAACUUGAAGCAGAUAUAAGUGAUCUCUAACUACCCCUAUUGAAAUUAAAAUAUUUUUUAAUUAUUUUUCAUCCAAAAAAAAAGGAAUAAAAAAAUUGGAGUAAUUGUAAAAAUUAUUUCAAAGGAGAUGAGAAAUAAAAAACGUAGAAGAUAUUGAAAUAAUUAAAUCGACAAUUCAAUGAGUGUUGAAGGUGCAAGGGGGUUAACUGAGCCACUUAAAAGGCAUUUAUUUGUGUACUGGAUGGGAUAAAAUAAAGAAAAAAUAAUCGAGAGUAUUGGAUAAGAGAAGAGAAACAGUGGAGAACUUGAUAUAAUGACAGAUAAAAUGUAUUAAGGAAGUGAAACGAAAAGUGCGAACAUUUGUUGGGUGGAGAACAUGAAGUCUUCGUCUGAAUACUAAUAUGUGUUUUCGAGGACUGGUUGUAGAGCCUGUAGGUCGCGAGACGCAUAUAUGUGCCGUCAGGAAGUGUACGAUUGACGAGUUUUCAAGGGGUUUUGUGAAAAUGGGGAUGCUACUGCCUGACGAGACUUACGAGGAACGUGCUGCUGCGUCCUCAAGUCGAACUUCUUACUCAAACGAGCUCGUUCUGGAUGACAUGGACGAAGUGGAAGUUGCGAAAGCGCUUGCAGUUCUUCAAAAGUGUGAUGACUUUCUUGAGAGGUACAACAUUAAACCGGAAUUUUUCUGUAGACAUCGAGAAAGACUUGCCCUUCAAACUUGGCUAUUACAAAAAUCAUCUAAGUUCUACUCCGACGCAUCAUCCUCAAAUGAAGCUUCGCAUCUCCAACAGCGUCUAAAGACCUUGAGUACUGAGUUAGUGACGUUGAGGAAUCGUCUGCACGUGAGUCAACCAGGAAAUAGUUCAGGAGGUACAGGUGGUGGUAGUGGAGCUGGUGGUGCUGUUAAUGGGGUUGGUUUAACUUCAAGUUGCGAGAAGGGUGCAGUGACGACACCAGCACCCGCUGUACCACCACGCAAUGCUCUGUCUCAUGGAAACCCUGUACCCCAUCCAAUUGGACACUCAUCCGGGCACACUGUUACCGCUUCCGCUAUUAUCCAUCCGCACGCCAAUCAUUCUACUGCCAACGAUCUCGGCCACAACUCUACCGCAAACAAUUUAAUAUCUGAUUUGGAUGUGACAAAACGUUCGGAUGACAGAAUCGUCUCAUGCGUAGCAGCAUUGGGUAGUCUGCGGUCACCACCCAUUUCAAGGAUCAUCGCAGACGUAAAAGGUAGUAAAGGAACUCAAAUACCUCAGCGAUGCAUUUCAAAGACAUCUCCUCAGACCGCAAAUGGUAAUUCUACGACAGUAGAAGACCUCAUUCACUUACCAGGACCUUUGACUGAAGAUGCAGUAUUAAAAUGUCUUCAAGCACGAUUUUGUGCGAAGCAAUAUCAUACAAAUGUAGGUCCGAUUCUAGUGAGUAUCAACCCAUAUACUGACGUAGGGAAUCCUCUGACACUGACGAGCACUCGAGCCGUGCCACUAGCACCACAGCUGAACAAGGUCGUGCAGGAAGCUGUGAGACAACAGUCUGAGACUGGUUACCCACAAGCCAUCAUCCUUUCGGGUACCAGCGGCUCUGGAAAGACUUAUGCCUCAAUGCUUCUGCUGAGACAACUCUUUGACGUCGCUGGCGGUGGUCCCGAAACGGAUGCCUUCAAACAUCUCGCCGCUGCUUUCACAGUUUUACGGUCUCUUGGAUCUGCCAAGACAGCUACGAAUUCAGAAAGUUCUAGAAUUGGUCAUUUUAUUGAAGUCCAAGUAACUGAUGGUGCCUUAUAUAGAACUAAAAUCCACUGUUACUUUCUGGACCAAACUCGAGUCAUCAGGCCUCUUCCCGACGAGAAGAAUUAUCAUAUUUUUUAUCAAAUGCUUGCUGGAUUAUCGAAUGAUGAACGAGUGAAACUCAAUCUAGAAGGAUAUAAUUUAAAGAACUUGAGGUACCUUCAGCAUGGAGAUACGAGGCAAGAUGAGGCAGAAGAUGCAAUAAGGUUUCAAGCUUGGAAAGCAUGUCUAGGAGUCUUGGGAAUUCCCUUUUUAGAUGUAGUAAGAGUAUUAGCAGCUGUUUUGAUUCUUGGAAAUGUUGGUUUCACGGAUGGUCCCGGUGUGGAAGUCAGUGUAAUAGGAGAGAACGAGCUGGCAUCAGUCGCAGCUCUUCUGGGCGUGCCAGCACCAGCUUUAUUACGAGGACUAACGUCAAGAACUCAUAAUGCUCGUGGCCAACUCGUGAAAUCAGUUUGUGAUGCCAACAUGUCCAACAUGACAAGAGAUUCGUUAGCAAAAGCACUUUAUUGUCGUACUGUUGCAACAAUUGUGAGACGAGCUAACAGCUUGAAAAGGCUUGGAUCAACCCUUGGAACACUUUCGUCAGAUUCCAAUGAAUCAGUUCACAAUCAAGCAGAAGUCACGAGCCAGCAUGCCUCGACUAUUGGUAGUUCAGCUGGUGGAACAGGCUCGAGGAGUAUGGCAGCAUUAAAUAACGCAGUUCGUCACGCAACGGAUGGAUUCAUCGGUAUUCUCGAUAUGUUCGGCUUCGAAGACCCCAAACCAAGUCAACUCGAGCAUCUUUGCAUAAAUUUAUGCGCUGAGACGAUGCAGCACUUUUAUAAUACCCAUAUUUUCAAGAGUUCUAUUGAAAGUUGCCGAGAUGAAGGUAUAAGGUGUGACGUUGAAGUCGAUUAUGUAGACAAUGUGCCUUGUAUCGAUCUAAUAUCAUCACUUCGUACUGGUUUACUGAGCAUGCUAGACGUUGAAUCCUCGAUGCGUGGAACUGCUGAGAGUUACGUAGCUAAAAUGAAGGUGCAACACAAGCAGAAUCCACGAUUAUUUGAUCCAAGGAGUCUUGACUGUAGAUCAUUCGGGAUUCAACAUUUUGCUGGUAGAGUUGUCUACGAUGCGACGGAUUUCCUAGAUACAAAUAAAGACGUUGUGCCUGAUGAUCUCGUGGCUGUUUUUUACAAGCAUACUUGUAACUUUGGCUUUGCAACUCAUUUGUUUGGGAGUGAAUUAAAAGCCUUGUAUGCCAGUGACAUAGUGCCGCGGGGUGUAAGCUUCAGAAUAUCUCCAACAUCACAUACAGAUCUGAACGUUCAAUUUUUUAGUUUAAAUGGCGACGAACCCAUUUCUACACUUACUCAAGACUUCCACACACGUUUGGAUAACUUACUUAGAACUUUAGUGCAUGCACGGCCUCACUUUGUGAGAUGCAUUAGAAGUAAUGCUACUGAAACACCUUUACAUUUAGACCGAGGAGUUGCGAUGCGGCAAAUACGAUCACUCCAAGUUCUAGAAACUGUAAAUCUUAUGGCUGGAGGAUAUCCACAUAGAAUGCGCUUCAAAGCUUUCAAUACUAGGUACAGGCUCAUUGCUCCGUUUAAACAGCUGCGACGAUCUGAGGAGCAGGCUGUUGAAGACACAAAACUUAUUUUACAAAAUGCACAGCAAGUGAAAAGCAAGUUUGGAGCAAGCACCAGUUGGGCACUUGGCAAGCGACACAUCUUCUUAAGCGAAGGCAUUCGCCAACAGUUGGAAAAUCUCAGAUCGGAAACGCGAAGAAAAGCUGCUACAGUCAUUCAAGCCACCUGGAGAGGCUGGAGGGUACGCAGAAAAUGGCCAAUGAGAAGAGCUCCAUUACCAAUAACUUUAGCAAUUGGUCCUUCACAAACCCAACCUUCAAGUACAGGAACUCAUCAAAGAAGUCUUACUGCUGGAAAUGUUACCGGAGCUCGGCCAAGACCACAGCCUAUUGCUGGUACUCCACCACCGGAUCCAUCUGAAAAGUGUGCAGAUCAAAAAAUGAUCCAACAAACUUGUACACUUUUUGGACUUGAUCUAGAACGACCACCUCCUGUCCCUCCUAGUAGAUCAUAUACAGUAACAGGGAAUACGAAAUUGGGAUAUCCACAAACAAGAGUCAUGAAAAUGCCAUUUCCAGAAGAAGGAGAAGGAGAAGUGGUUUUAUUGAAAGGAGAAACAGUACUUGUUGUUGGAGCUUCCCCAAGACGUGGUCAUCUUCUUGUUGAGCAUAAUAACAAAACUCUUCACGUGCCGUACCAAUUUAUGGAGCUGAAACCAUGUAAUAUUAAUAUCUAAUCAGUACUAUUAUUUAUAUUUAUUUGAUAAUAUUCGAUUAAAGCUCAAAUAAGAGUAAAAAAAAAAACGCAUAGUAAGAUUGAUGUAUGUAGUAAUAUUGUAAGAUUUAAGAAAAAAAAGACUUGAAAUGUUUUCGAUUUGUUUAACGAGGAGAAAAUCAGUGUGUUACAUAGUCUAAUUGCCAAUAUAUUGCCAUAGAUUUGCGUUUAAUGUUUACAGAAUAAAGCAGACGUUAUAAAAUAAUUAGUUGAUUUUAAAAUGUUUAAAGUCCACUGUAAACUGGUAUUAUGUGUCUUCCAUAAGAAUAAAUAUACAAAUGAUGUUAAAUUAUUAUAUUAAAAAAAAAUUUAAUUUCUGCAACGAUUAAGAAUGUAGAAACAUGUUUA